GCGAAAAUGGAAAAAUGGGGACUGACUGCGCAUCUUAGCAAGUCUCAGUAAACUUCAGGUCAUAGGAAUUUUCGCAAACAUAAAAUAGAAUGAGAAUUGAAUGAUGCAUAGCUCUCUGCCUUUCUCUUGCUGAGCUAUGAAGCAUUUCUGAAAUUGAUAAUUUAGUAAAGGAAAAUAGAUUGACAAAAUGCCAAAAUUCUCUUGCGAUUUUCGAUGCCUUCUCGUUCCUGCCGCAUUUGCAUUCAUCUACAUCCAGAUGCGGCUUUUCGCUACACAGUCAGAGUAUGCAGAUCGCCUCGCUGCUGCUGUUGAAUCAGAAAACCAUUGUACAAGUCAAAUGCGAUUGCUAAUUGAUCAAAUAAGUAUGCAACAGGGAAGAAUUGUGGCUCUUGAAGAAGAAAGGAAGCGUCAAGGUGAAGAGUGUAGACAACUAAAGGCUCUUAUUGAAGAUCUUGAAAGAAAAGGCCUCCAAAAAGUGGCAGACAAGGCGCCAGUGGCUGCAGUUGUGAUUAUGGCAUGCAAUCGUGCUGAUUAUUUGGAAAGGACUAUUAAGUCUGUAUUGAAGUAUCAAAGCUCUAUUGCUUCAAGGUAUCCACUUUUUGUAUCCCAGGAUGGAUCCAACCCAGAUGUUAGAAGCAAGGCUUUGAGUUAUGAUCAACUAAUGUACAUGCAGCACUUAGAUUCUGAACCAGUGCAGACAGAAAGGCCUGGAGAGUUGAUUGCAUACUACAAGAUUGCACGGCAUUACAAAUGGGCAUUGGAUCAAUUGUUCUACAAGCAUAAAUUCAGUCGAGUGAUCAUACUUGAAGAUGAUAUGGAGAUUGCUCCUGAUUUUUUCAAUUACUUCGAGGCUGCAGCAGCUCUUCUUGAUAAAGACAAGUCCAUUAUGGCUGUUUCCUCAUGGAAUGACAAUGGACAAAAGCAAUUUGUGUAUGAUCCGUAUACACUUUAUCGGUCAGAUUUCUUUCCUGGACUGGGAUGGAUGCUUACUAGAUCAAUGUGGGAUGAACUAUCCCCUAAAUGGCCAAAAGCUUACUGGGAUGAUUGGUUGAGGUUGAAAGAGAAUCGCAAAGGUCGACAAUUUGUUCGUCCAGAAGUGUGCAGGACAUAUAACUUUGGUGAGCAGGGUUCUAGUUUGGGACAGUUUUUCAAACAAUAUCUUGAGCCUAUUAAGUUGAAUGAUGCCCAGGUUGACUGGAAAUCGAUGAAUUUGAGCUACCUGAUGGAGGACAACUAUACAAAAUACUUUGCCAACAUUUUGAAAAACGCAAAAGCUGUACACGGAAAUGAUGCUGUUCUUAAGGCAUACAAUAUAGAAGGUGAUGUUCGUAUUCAGUAUAAAGACCAAUCAGACUUCGAACGCAUUGCACGCCAGUUUGGUAUUUUUGAAGAAUGGAAGGAUGGAGUACCAAGGACAGCAUAUAAAGGAAUAGUUGUUUUCCGAUAUCAUACACAAAGACGAAUUUUCCUUGUUGGUCCUGAUUCUUUGAGGCGGCUUGGGGUUGAAGAUGCUUGAUGCUAAAUGGAGGGUUUCUAGGGAUUUAUGAACUGGCGGAUUGACACAUUUGUGUGAAACGAGGAUUUGUUUAUACAUGGUUUAGUUAGUCAAGCAUGAUUACCUUGUGUAUAAUACCAUCAUGGAGCUGGAUGCAAUCAUCAUGUUUUUCUCGACACUUCCACCAAUUUAUUUGUCUCCCUUCUGCUAGUUAAUAUAUUGGAUGCUAAUUUUUGUACUUCUGAAAGUGGUUGCUGGUGGCUAGCUAGCGUUUGAUACACAUGUUUUCCCUGCAUAUUGACCACAAUUGCCUACGAAUUUUUGGUGUUUUGUACUUUAGUGUCUAGAAUUACUCUUUUUAUCUCUCGUGCUCUUUUUUGUUUCUUUUUUCUUUUCUUUUGGAUACAUUUGGCUCGAACUAAGACUAGAACUUGAGAUCUUCAGUACCACUAAGUUAUAGUUCAUUGGUCUCUUGCUUCUCUUUUCUAGUAGGCACCAAAUGAUGAUGUAAUGCUCUUUAUCGAUGUAUGGUACAUCCAAAGGUCAAUUAAGCUUCUAUAUGCAAAUUAUUCUUCUGAUA